AUGGAACUCGGCAGUCGAGAACUACCUAUCCCAGGAUCAGUCGUCCUCGUUGACAAGGAUGGUCAUCAAACUCAGCACGCCGAGGGAAGACAUAAUAUCGAUGUAGUACUUUCACCUAAACCAAGUAACGACGUGAAUGAUCCUUUGCGAUGGUCUUGGAAGAGGAAACAACUGGCUCACUGGAUGUUAGUAGUCUACGUGAUGACGAAUGGUAUCGCUCUUUGUUCGCUGUACUCUGUGCUUUCACCCGUGUCUGAAGCGACUGGUAUCAGUCUGAGUACUCUCAAUGCUGGUACAGGAUAUACCGAUUUACCAGUACUUGGUUAUGGCGGACUUAUCACUCAACCGCUGGCGAUGAUGUUUGGAAAAAGACCCAUGUAUCUGAUCUCCCAGCUUGGCACAGUCGCCGUAGUCAUCUGGAUGGCCUUCAUCAAGUCUGAAUCGGAGUGGCUCGCAAACAAGGUCAUACAAGGGCUCUUCGCCUCUCCAAUCGAGAUGUUGGUCGAAGUCUCCAUCGCCGAUAUCUUCUAUGCGCACGAAAGAGGUUUCUACGUUGGUGUAUACGGUAUGACCUUGUUUGGCAGUAAUUUUCUCGCACCUAUUUGGGCUGGUUUCGUGAACGAUGCGCUGGGAUACAAAUGGGUCUUCUACAUUUCGGCAAUCCAGUGUGCCGUUGGCACUCUCAUCAUGUUCUUUUUGAUGGAAGAGACGAACUAUAAUAGAGGAACUUCAGAACUGGUGGAAGAGCACGAUGGAUCCGCCCAAUCUGAUACGGAGAGACCAGCAUUGUACACAGACAAGCAGAGUAACGAGAAAGACCUUCCUUCAGUCCAGGUCCGACAAGCCUCCCUAGAAAGCCGCAGCUCUUUGACUGGGACCCCUUAUUCCUAUGUCAGGAGACUAAGGAUGUUUGAUCAGAUCUAUUGCAGUACAAAAAUGGGAUGGACGAUGAUCUGGAGGCCUAUCGUGCUCCUUCGUUUCCCGGUCAUCCUUUGGUCCGGAUUUCUGUACGGAUCCGCAUUGGUAUGGUACAACGUUCUCAAUGCUACAGCCUCUAUCCUAUUCACCGAUUUAUACGACUUCUCAGCUUCAGCCGUGGGUCUGGUCUACUUUGGACCUUUGGUCGGAUCAGCGGUAGCAGCUCUUUGGAGUGGUUGGGUUGGCGAUCGAUUCACCAUGUGGAUGACUAGAAGACAAAAAGGGGUUCGAGAACCUGAGUAUAGACUAUGGCUUCUCACCUUGAACGCCAUCAUCUGUCCUGUCGGAUUGAUUCUUUGGGGUGUUGGAGCGGCUAAGAACGUACAUUGGAUGGGUCUCAUCUUCGGAGGCGGCAUGGUCGCUUUCACUUCAGCUAGUGGAGGUGCAACUGCUAUCAACUACGCCAUCGACUCAUAUAAGGAUUUGUCAAGUGAAGUAAUUCUAGCGGUGGUCCUAGUCAGAAACUCCAUGGGAUUCGCCAUUAGUUACGGAAUCACCCCAUGGUUGGACAGUAUGGGAUAUCAAAAUACGUUUAUCACUGCUGCUAUGGUUGGUCUCGCAGCCUACAUCUCGUUCCUUCCUGUUGUCAAGUGGGGGAAAUCCUGGCGUAAAGCCUCUCGUGAAUUAUACUGGAAAUAUGUUGAGGCGGGUGUCAUUGGGCACUAA